UUGGAAUUUUUUGACAGGCCCAUGUGCUGUGGUAUAGGGCAGCUCGCUCUGUACGGACAGGACAAUGGAGUUGAUAAAGGAUGGAGCACAUCGCAUUGGGGCGCAUGAGGACGGUGAUGCUCUCCAACCUUUUAUCUGUUCCACCGGUACCGGUUCUCAAUAGGAUAGUGAGCAUCGUGGAAGAAAAAUGGGCUGGAGCGUGGCGGGCCUCAGCUUGGUGGUCCUGUGCUCGGUUUCAAGCGGAAGUGGUGUCAAGACUACUAAGCGGUGUCAAGACCUCAAAGGCAAUAUGCGGCCCCGGCAUUGUGCCGACCUUCUGCGCGCCGGACAGACGACAAGUGGCCUGUACGACAUAUUUAUUGGGAAAGAUGACGUCAAAGGGAAAGUCGUCUACUGCGACAUGGAGACCGACGGAGGAGGCUGGACGGUCAUUCAGAGACGAGGGCAGUUCGGUAACAGGGUGUACUACUUCUACCGUAACUGGAAAGAGUAUGCCACCGGCUUUGGUGAUCCGGCCAAAGAGUACUGGUUUGGUAACAGAGCGCUACAUGCUCUGACGUCGAAUGCAGAAUGCAGAAUGCAGCUGAAGAUUGUCUUGAAGAACCACACAGGUGAAAGCGUCUCUGUGGACUACGAGAGUAUCAAAGUCGGGCCGGAGAAAGGUCAUUUUAGGCUUUCCCUAGGACGAUUUCUGGGUCCGAAGGGCUGGGAUUCACUCCACCUGAGCAACAACACCAAAUUUUCAACUUUUGACCAGGACCACGACGACGCGAAAUACAACUGUGCCAAGAACUACCGCAGUGGCUGGUGGCACUACCGCUGUUUCAAGGCUAACCCGAACGGCCUCAACUUGAACGGCGCGCACGACAGCUUAGGCGACGGCAUUGAGUGGAGCACCCGGAAUGGUUCAAGGAAGCUUUACCACUACUCUUAUCCCAAUGUGAUGAUCAUGACGCGUCCCGUCACAAUGGAUACAAACCGCAAAAGCAGAUGCCUGCAUUGUUAAGCAAUCAAUAGCCCUGUCAAGAUUCUGUAUUGUGCUGUCGUUCAAAUAGCGUACUGCUUCCCGAUCUUCUUUUGUGUCGCGUAUGCCAGUAUUUGUGCGCUUGUUCAGCACUAAUAAUUAACUAUAUGAAAUCGCAUUGCUUAUCAUUGUAUAAUGCCGUCACGCACCAAGAAACUUUAUACAUGCGGACCACUUUAGGGGUGCAUAAUUUGUGUAUUAGGCCAGCUGCAAUGCUAAUAGAAUACACGUUCUAAAGCAGGGACCAUAUACGCUGUAUCUAAUUAGAAAAUAAAGUCAAUUUAUUUAUCUGUGCAACUCCACUGCUGGUUGUGAAUGAGCUACGCCAUGUUUCGCAGUGUGAACGUGCCUCUUUGAACUUUAUUACCAGCCGUGAACUGCAACGGUUCAGGAGGCGCUGUGCUCUGAUACCGUCUUGCACACUCCACCAUAUCGUACCUUAGAAGGCACUAUUUCUGCUUUUGAUCGAAAGAGUGAAUGCGCCGAAUGUUGGCAAUGUUUCUGAAUUGGGGUUUCGCAUUGUACGUGACGGCGUUUUUUGGAGAAUUACCAAGUUACACUUGCUGUUUUACGCGAAACACCAAUUCGGAAAUGUCUCAAAAAAUGAAGUUUACCUGCGCACUGACGUUACGUAUGUAUUUGUUCGGUACAAAAGGACAAGCGCCUAAGUCAGGAAUCCGCUUCCGAAGCUAUUUCAAUUUGGCCUGUUCGGGAAACUAUAUCUGAGACACGGUUUUCAAGUUGAACAAGCACUACCGGUAUACGCAUUUCGCCCAUGUAAGUGCAAUACCUGGCGGAUAGGCAGCCUGGCAAACAUAUAAAACGCAUUUUAAUUUGUCACUAAAAAAAAAAAGCAUCGGAAUCCUGGACUUUGCGUCAUUAUUAUUAUAGCGACGUUAGCCAAAAUAAAAAUAAAAUGGCAGAUGUUACCUUACGGUGAGUUUCGAUGGCAAUGGGUUCCACCUACCUACCAUCUACAGUGGCCCAUGUCGAAGUGAAAGAGUUGAGCCUUGAAAGAGUUGAAAAAUAGCCUGUUACCUCAAGAAGGGUGUAGGAUCGGGCUUGUUGGUGAAACAUGCUUUGAAGUUCGAAUAAAAGCGCAAUGAUAGCAGAGGAGACAGAAGAGAGAACAGAGCGCUAACUUCCAGCACUUUUCUCUGAUGUCCUUGCGCUCUUAUUCAAAUUUUAAAGCUGUUAUCUCAGCAUAGCAUCCCGAUGCGCUAGCCGUUCUACCACGCCUUAUUAAAAUGGAAAUCCGAGCAGAAAUUUCGUUGACGUCUUGUUGCUCAAUAAACAAAACUUUUUGUUGAAAUAUCACGGACCUACUAUUGUAGACUCAUUGAUCG